UGGGUCUCUCUGCAAUUGCCGAUACCUCCUCGUCGCUGACCUAACCCAUACCUUAAAUCCUUCUCUUUCAUCGCUUUCGUAUUCCGAUCCGUUCUCCAGCAUGGACGAAUACCACCCACAAGAAGACGAUCGAAUGACUCAAUCCAGAAGGAUGUCGCUGGAUUCCGAAGACGAUAUGACCGAUCUACUCUCUUCCGCCUCUCCCCCAGGACGAUUAAAACGCAGCAGAAACACAAAUACGCGGCUUCCUCAUCCGAUCCAUACCCCAAGCAGUCCCACGUCCUCGACAAUACCGCCCAGUUUACUCGCAUCGGCUCCGACCUCACCCCCGACUCCAGCCCCCAGCCCGACCCCGACACAGCGGGCGCCAGACUGGAGAACCGCCGCGGAACAUGAGAAUGCGAACUUCAGCAACAUACGGAUGUUGUUCACCGACAUGGGAGACCCGGAGAAACAGCGUCUGCUGGCAGAGCUGUUGAAUAUGUGUAACAGCAAGCAAUUGGUAUUCGUCCACGAGUUUGUGAGCCCGCUGCUGAAGAAGGACCCAUUUACAACUCUACCGGACGAGCUUUGCAUCAAGAUCCUAACCUCUGUCGAUUAUCACACACUUUCGCAAUGCGAACGGGUCUCUCGACGCUGGCGGCAGCUCGCGAAAGACGAAGAGCUUUGGAAGCUUCAAAAUGAGAAGCGAGGCUAUCUAGACCGUCAGGCAUCACAUCCCAACCGAACGACAACACCAUCAUCGUCUCUUUUCCCCUUCCCCAUGUCCAGCAUGCCCAACAUGUCCAGCAGCGCACGUCGUCCUGGCCCACAGGAUCACGUGCAGGACGAUCCCGUGCCUUCCCCAUCCAUGGUCUUGGCAGGCGGCAACACCCGGCCUGGCCCCGCACAUAUGCAAUCCGCACCGACACAGGCACCAGCACAAACGCAAGCACUGCCCGGCCAACAAGUAUCAGGGUCAGGAUUUGGCCACACUUCUACUACCCCCUCUGGCCCGGACUUGAGGACCCAGAGUCUCGACAGAAAUCGCGGCUCACGAUCACUCCGCCGCCGUCCAAAGGCCAUGUCCUACCGCAGCCACUUCAAGCAAAGAUAUCUGGUGGAGCAGGCCUGGAGGACUGGUGGAAAAUGCGACCAUCGUCAGAUUACCCCAGACCAGGGCGUGGUGACCAGCCUGCAUUUGACGGAGAAGUACAUCGUUGUUGCUCUGGACAAUGCCAAGAUCCAUGUUUUCGAUACCGAUGGUGCCCAUCAGAAGACCCUCCAAGGCCAUGUCAUGGGCGUUUGGGCAAUGAUUCCUUGGGACAAUAUCCUCGUUAGCGGUGGCUGCGACCGGGAUGUGCGGGUAUGGAACAUGGCGACUGGCGCGAGUAUCCAUGUCCUUCGAGGACAUACCUCGACCGUUCGCUGCCUAAAAAUGGCCGACUCCACGACGGCCAUUUCCGGUUCCAGAGACACCACGCUCCGCAUAUGGGAUAUUGCCAAGGGUGUCUGCAAGCAUGUCCUAGUGGGACAUCAGGCAAGUGUUCGCUGUUUGGAGAUCCACGGAGACUUGAUUGUGUCCGGGAGCUAUGACACCACAGCACGCAUCUGGAGCAUAUCAGAAGGGAGAUGCCUGCGAACAUUGACCGGCCAUUUCAGUCAAAUAUAUGCCAUCGCUUUCGACGGAAAAAGGGUAGCCACUGGCAGUUUAGAUACGAGCGUUCGGAUAUGGGACCCUUAUGAUGGUAAAUGCUUACAUGUCCUGCAAGGGCAUACAUCUCUAGUCGGUCAACUACAGAUGCGCGGUGAUAUCCUGGUUACGGGAGGCUCGGACGGCUCGGUCCGUGUCUGGUCGCUCACCGAAUUCCAAGCGAUCCACCGCCUUGCAGCCCACGAUAACUCGGUCACUAGUCUACAGUUCGACGACAAUCGCAUCGUGUCUGGUGGCUCCGAUGGACGCGUGAAAGUCUGGGACCUGAAGACGGGGACCCUUGUCCGCGAGCUGACCAAGCCUACCGAGGCUGUUUGGCGCGUUGCGUUUGAGGACGAGAAGGCGGUCAUCAUGGCCUGUCGGAAUUCCAAGACUUUUAUGGAGGUGAGUCAAGCUAGUGGCCGCUCUCUAGGGCCUUUUCACUAAACCCAAUCUAGGUUUGGUCUUUCUCUCCACCUGAAGACGAGAUUCAUGACGAAA